CCCUAAACCACAUUUAGAUAGAAUAUAUUUAUUCAGGGACACCGACACCACCGAGGGAGAGAUGGUUUCUCCGGUUACCGUGGUCAAGAGCGAAGGCCCCAAGCUGGUGCCAUUCUUCAAGGCGACCUGUGUGUACUUUGUCCUGUGGCUGCCCACUUCGAGCCCAUCCUGGUUUAGUGCACUCAUCAAAUGUCUGCCCAUCUUCUGCCUCUGGAUGUUCUUACUGGCCCACGGCUUCAGCUUCCUGGGUGCUCACUCCAGCGCGCGCAAAAUCUUGGCCGGCCUUAUCUUCUCUGCUCUGGGCGAUGCCUUUCUUAUCUGGCAGGAACAGGGCUACUUCGUCCACGGCCUUCUGAUGUUUGCCAUCACCCACAUCCUCUACUCGUCUGCCUUUGGGAUGAAGCCCAUUAACAUGCGUGCCGGCCUGGUGAUCACUGCUGUGUCUAGUCUGAGCUACAUGCUGCUGUACCCCUACCUGUCCGGCCCCUUCACCUACUUGGUGGCUGUCUACAUCGCUCUGAUCGGCUUCAUGGGCUGGAGGGCCAUCGCGGGCCUGCAGCUGACCAACGACUUGUGGACCUGGACCAAGCUGUCAGCCUGUUUGGGCGCCGUGCUCUUCAUGGUCUCCGACCUCACCAUCGCUGUCAACAAGUUCUGCUUCCCUGUGCCCCAUUCACGCGCCAUCAUCAUGGCCACCUACUACGCUGCACAGAUGCUGAUAGCACUUUCGGCCGUUGAGUGCCAGGAUGUGGAGGUGGCCAGGAAGAGAACAUGAGGAACCGCUGUCUCCAAAGCAACCUGCCAUGAGUCUGGGAAGGUGGCAGCCGCUCCCCCUUCGGCCCUGAGUGAUUAUGGACAUAUCUCACUGCCAGAUCCCCAACCCUCAGCCCUCAUCUCAGUGUGGCACCCCCACACCGUUGUUACCAUGGUGACUGCUCCACCACAGCCUUCCAAUGGUUGUCAUCCUACUACCCCAAUAGUAUGGUAGUCUAAGACCUGUCUUCUUACCAUGAAGACAUGAUAGUAUUCUUCAGCCUCUUCCGACAACGGUCCUACCUGCCUCUUCUAAUCCUAGAACGGCUGUCUCUUAACCUAGUUACCAUGGAGACAAGUGUUGUAAUAUUAACCUGCUAUCUAGAGUAUUACUUUACUUUUAACUGUUAUGAUUUAACUUAAGGGGAGCAUGUCACUGAGGACCUUCGAAGAGUGUGUGGAAGAGUGAUUGUGUGCGCAUUGUGUGUUUGAUUAACACCCUUACCUCUCUUUCCACACAGUCCCAUCACACACAUGUCGACUUCACGUGGUCCAAUAAUGCAAUUUAACAUUUGUGAGCUUUCACAACUGUCACUGUCAUU